AUGAGUAAUAAUAAUCGGAAACCCUAAUCAUCGAAGGAUCUAAGAAAUAAAGGCAAUUCUGGAUUGAAUCGUAAGAAUGAUAUUCCUCAAAAAAGAAUAUAAUCUGCAAUUUAAUCAGUAUUAAAUUAUAUAAUUUAGGUUGAUAAAUCGCUUGACCCAAGUGGAAAUCUCGUAGAACAACUCAACAAUAUAGUUUAGGAUUAUUUAUUAAGAUCUAAUUGUAUUAAAACAUUGGAACAAUUCAAAAUAGAAUCAUAAUUUGCAAAUGAACAAAGUAAUGAAACCGAACAUAUUAUUUUGGGGCAUUUUGAUAGAGGAGAAAGAGAUAAGUUUUUUGAAUCAUGGAGUCGCUACAUUCCAAUAUCACAGCGACAAGACCACGAUUCAUGGAAAUUAGAAUUCUAUAUAUAGAUCUAUUUCUUUAUCUAUCCUAUUCAUCCAGUUUUCAAAAAGAAAGGCUAAAUAGAUAAAUACUCAAUCUAUUAACUCAAAAAUUAUCUAGACAAUAAAGGAGAAGACUUAUCAAAAACAAACGAAGUUCUUCCCUUCUAUGCAUUACCAUAUGUGAAAAAUCCAGAAACUCAUUAAUCCUUCUAGCAUCUAUUUACACAUGAAUGGAUAUCUGAUCUAAGAAUGAAAUUAAAGGAAUUCAUCCAAUCCAUCUAUGGAUCUGAUCAACAUGGUAGUAUUUUGAAAAGAUUGGUUCUAUCUAAAGAAGGAUCUGUAAAUAAUCGGCAAUAAGAUAAUCAAAAAAGAAUUGCAGAAAUGAAGUAAUUGCAAUAAGAAAAUACGGAACUCAAAAAGAAGAAUAACCAAUAGAUUUAAGCAUUGCAAGAAUUAAAUCAUCUAGCAUAGAAAAAUUUAACUGAAACCUAAUAAAAAUGGGUAUAAUUUACAGGAGAAUUGUUGAAAACACAAAAAGAAAUGUUGAAAUACAUAGAGAGCAAUAGCAAGAUACCAGAAUAAAUACAAAAAUUCAAAAAAAAGAUUGCAUCUUGUGAUAAAUUCCUAGGUUAGAAUUUUGAGGAUUUAGUGAUUAGAUCAGAAGACAUUUCGCUGUUUAAUAACCUUACCUAACCAGAUCAUGAUUUAUCUGAAAUUACAAAUUAGCAAUGUAUGCUGUGGUUAUAAUACUAUUUAUAGAAAUGAAUCCAGUUUAACAAUCUAUAGAAGAGUAUAUUCCUUUAAACUAUGAAAAAAUAAUUUUGUUGUUCACAAAGUCGCAAAAUUCAGUAUUGAUUGCCACUGUAUUAUAAGCAUUGAGAUGGAGAAUCACGAGGGCUAGAAGUGCUUUGGAAAGAAGAGCAGUGGUGGUUGCCUACUAAACUCAUGAUUUGAUAGGAACUCAUUAAAGAAAUAUUAUUUUAGCUUAGCAUUUAAUGUUUAAAGCUGCUCCUGUAAUUUAAUGUUAAACAUUAAAAUUAAUGAAUGCUUUGGCUUCAGAUUACAAUGGUAGGACUUAUUUAACUUCGAAUUCUUAACUAAUAAAACUAUUAAUUGAAUUAGUAAAAAAAGAUUAGACUGAUUCAAUAAAAAGAAAAAAUGCAAUUGGAACUUUACAGAAAUUGUCAUUACGCAAAUAAAGCUAGAUAUGGAUGCUUGAUAGCGAUAUCAUCUAUGUAGCAUUAACAAUAUUACAAAGAGUAUUAUCAAUAACUAUAUAAACAAUAGGAAAAAUUUAUACUUAGUGAAUACACCUAUGAAUACAUAACAGCAUUGAUAAUGAAUUUAUCAUUAAGCACAAGGGGUCGUGAUGCAUUGUCCAUGAAUAAAGAGCUCGCAUUUGAAGUGCUGUUUGAAUUAAUAGAAUAUCCUAAUGAUCAGAUUAGGACCUUUACAAAUGGGACAUUUUAUUCAAUGUUCAGUAGAAGAGAUCUUAGAGAUUAUGCAUAUUAAUUAAAUAUCCCUCAAGAAUUACCAAAGUUAUUGACUGUCAGUGAAGAGAAGUUCAAGAAAUAAAUACAAUACAUGAUUGAGUAAUUAGAAAGCAAUGAGGAUGAUUAUGAUGAAUCUUAAAUGGAAGAGGAUAAUGAUGUAGAUGAUUUGGAAGAUGAGGAAGAAUGUCCAGUUGAUGAUGAAGAUGAAGAUGAUUUGGACAAUAAUGAUAUGGUUGUUGGAGAGGAAUUAUUAAAGAACGAAUUUGCUUUAGAUAAUGAAUAAGCAGGAUAACAAAGACAAUUGAUGGAGUCUAUUAUGCAAAAGGAACUGUAAUAGAGAAGCAUCUAUCAAGAGUAAAUGAGGGAUUCUCAAAUUGAAAAAAUGCCAGUGGGAUGUAAAGAUUAUUUCUUAUCAUUCAAUUUAGAGGGUCCAUUCAUUGUUGAUAGUCUAGCAUCAGUUAAUGUUAAUCAAAAGCAAGUGUAAUCACAGGCCUAGGCAUUCGUAUCGAGACCAAAAAUACCUAGAACUCCUCCCAUCUAGUAAUACAAUUAUUAAUAUUAACAUUGA